AUGAGCAUCGAAAAUUACACCAAAUACUGCGGCGAAUUUGUCUCAGCGUCGUCUAGAUGCGCCUUUGUUCGACUGCGGGAUUGCAGAGGACGUGAACUCUGGGCCGAUGAACUCAAUGCGUUGGUGUCUAAAAUACCAAGCCAGCAGGUGGUCAUUGUCGGGAUCGAUGCAAAUGCGAAGAUGGCACGCGAACAGCAAAAGAAGAAGGAAAAGGUCCUCAACACUGCCACGGGAAAGGCUGUCAAUAGAGUGGGUGUUGGUGUAGUAACGCCUCCAAUUUGGAGUGAUUACUCCAAGACCUUGCUGAAUCGGCAAGCGCCGUCAGCUCCUAAACCCGAGCACGUUCAUAGGCCGACAUAUGCGGUUAACGAGGAACCACCGACCGGGACGGGGUCUGGUCUAUGUACAGAAGAUGAAAAGUGGAAAAUCUGGUGGAAACGACGGGAUUAG